AUGAACGAUCAGGACCGUACUUCUAUUCACGAAGCAAUGGAGCAACAGAGUAUCUCGGUCAGCAAAGCUGGAAUCGUCACCAGUCUGCAAGCCCGUUGCACAAUCAUCGCAGCGGCUAAUCCUAUCGGCGGUCGAUACGAUCCCAGCAUAACGUUUUCGGACAACGUGGAUUUGAGCGAACCCAUUCUAAGUCGAUUUGAUGUCCUGUGUGUCGUCCGCGACACGGUUGACUCCAUCCAGGAUGAGAUGCUGGCCCGAUUUGUUGUGGGUAGCCACAUGCGUCAUCAUCCGAAUCUGACAGCAGAAGAGCGUGAUACUUUGGUACAACAGCUUGCCGAAUCAGGUACGGCUCGGUCCGGUUCGUCUCCUGACCUUCAGCCAUUGGACCAGGUAAGUCAGCAGAAAUAUCGUCGUGCUAUAUUCUUUGCUUUGGGAUUCAAACUGUUCACUCUUUGCUUUUACUUCCGCUUACCAUUUACGUGCACAUCAGUCAUCCAAAACUGUCCUAGAUAG